AUGGGGGAUUUAUUGCUAGCUGAUUACAUUGGAGAAGAUGAACAGCCAAAGAUAGCUUGGAAUUGGUGUUUAGUUGAGCUUGAAAACUCAAAGGACCUGGGUUUCUCUUCGGUGAUUCAUGACAAGCUCCAAGUUCCUAAUACCAUUCGUAAGGCAUGGAAUGAGAAGGACAACAGAUGUGAUGUUUGUGCCACACACCUGAACCAGUUGAAACAAGAGGCCAUUCAGAUGGUGCUGACCUUAGAGCAAGCUGCCAACUCAGAACAUUAUGAUGCCUCACCAGGCUCUCCUCCACCUCUCUCCAAUAUCCCCACGUUAGUGAGUCCCCGGCACAUGGGCAGCCUGCAGCCCAGGGACUGGGCAUACAUACCUGCCCCUUAUGCUACAUCUAAUUAUGCAGGCUUUGUUGCCAACAAACACAGUGGGAAACCCAACAGUCUAGGAAUUGUCAAUGGGGUGGAGAAGAAAAAUGGCUCUCCUGGACACCAAGCAAAGGUCAGCUUUCAAAUGGCCACCAGCCCCAGCAAUGGUAAUGUUCUCAACUCUGUGGCUAUCCAGGCUCAUCAGUACCUUGAUGGCACCUGGUCUUUGUCAAGAACGAAUGGUGUCACUCUAUAUCCCUACCAAUUACAAAACUCUGCUAGGGAAGAGCACUAGGAAGAUGAAUCUGUUAUCACAUCUUAAUUAGAACCCUUCUUGAUUUGAAGGUGAAUU